AUGACUGACUUGGAAAAAUGCAUGGAGAACCUCAUUGUUAUCUUCCACCGCUACGCCAAAGACGACGGCGACGGGAGGACGCUAAGCAAAAAAGAACUUAAAAAACUGCUGGAGACGGAGUUACCCACCUUUCUCAAGACUCAAAAGAACCCCAAAACAGUGGACUGCAUCUUGCAAGACCUUGACCAUAACAAAGAUGACAAAUUGGACUUUGAAGAGUUCCUGCCCUUGGUCGCGGGUCUUUCCAUGGCAUGUGAGAAGUGCUAUGUGCUGCACCAAAAGAAGGGCAAACAAUAG